AUGCAGACCAUUUCUACAAACAUUUGUGAAAGAAUGGAUCGCUCUCAGGAGCUCAGUGAAUUCGAGCAUGCUAUCGUGAUAGGUUUGUACCUGUGUAUUAAGUCCAUCUGUGAAAUUUCCUUGCUACUAAAUAUUCCACGGUCAACUGUUAGUGGUAUUGUAACAAAAUGGAAGUAACUGGAAACAGCAGCAACUUAGCCACGAAGUGAGCGGGGGCAGUGCAUCCUGAAGCACACGGUGCACAGAAGUCAACAACUGUCUGCAAAGUCAAUAGCUAAAGACCUCCAAACUUCAUGUGGCCUUCAGAUUAGCACAAAAGUGCAUAGAGAGCUUCAUGGAAUGCGUUUCCAUGGCUGA